CUCGGGUUCCCCCUCCUACGGAGUGAAUGGUUUUGCCCAUGGACUCGCUCCAGCACUCACAGCACACAAGAGGUCUACAAGAUACUGAUUUUUUUUGUCUGUCAACCAACGUCAGUCUUCAGUAGUAACGCCAUUACACCACAUAAACACUGUUAUAAUCUUGAAAAUACUCUCGGGACUGGACGGUUUCCCUAAAUAGAGCCAGUGUCUCCUUUAAAAAAAAAACGGCGACUGUGUCGUUCGGAUGAGACCAGCAAAAGAGCUGCACUGCCAGUGCCUGGAAUAAAUAAGGCAUUCCUAUCCAUCCCUCUGUCCACCCCCCCCCCCCUCCCUGUCUCCUCUCGGGGCUGUAAAUAAGCUGGGACUGUGCAAACCCUUGAGAGACCCUUCCCCUCCCGCUCUUCCCCCACCACUGCUACCCACUUCCUAACUCCACAGCCCACUCAGACUUUGCUGCUGCUCUUUAUGCUGCUGAAAGGCGCCAGGGAGAUGCUCAGAUGAUCCAUUGGGCCAUCCUCAACCACAUCGUCCAUACAGCCCAAGACAGGGAAGACUAACUAGUGCGAGUGUGAGAGAGCCCUUGGAGGGUGCUGAGAGUACCCUGUGAGGCCCACCCGCCCCGCCAAGCCUGGCAGAAAGCUUGGCUUGCCCCCUCAGUGCUGCAGCUCCUGAGAUGCCCUCCCCUCCCAAUGAAGGAGAGGAUCAAGGAGCGUCCCCCGUGAACGGGCCAUCUGUGGGCUCCUACCAGAGCAGUGGGAAGAGGAAGGUGCGCACCAAAAAGAAGAAAGGCACCAUCACAGCCAAUGUUGCUGGCACCAAAUACGAGAUUGUUCGUAUAGCCAUCAAUGAGAUGGACUUCAUAAAGACCCGAGAUGAGGACGAGACUGCCAACCUCAUCUGGAAUGACUCGGCCGUGCAGCAUGAGAAAAUCGCUGAGCUCAGGAACUAUCAGAGAAUUAACCACUUCCCUGGCAUGGGCGAAAUCUGCCGCAAAGACUGCCUCGCAAGAAACAUGUCCAAAAUGAUCAAGUGCCAGCCUCAAGAGUACAGCUUCAUACCCAAAACCUGGAUCUUCCCUGCCGAGUACACUCAGUUCCAGAACUACGUCAAGGAGCUACGCAGGAAACGCAAGCAGAAGACCUUUAUCGUAAAACCCGCCAAUGGAGCCAUGGGUCAUGGGAUCUCGCUUAUCCGUAACUGUGAGAAGCUGCCAGCCCAGGAGCACUUUAUCGUUCAGGAGUACCUGGACAAGCCCUUUCUGAUGGAGGGCUACAAGUUUGACCUGCGCAUCUACAUCCUUGUCACUUCCUGCGACCCACUUCGCAUUUUUCUCUACAAUGAUGGCCUGGUUCGCAUGGGCACAGAGAAGUACCAUGCACCCAGUGAGGCCAACCUGAGCCAGCUCUACAUGCAUCUGACUAACUAUUCAGUCAACAAACACAACGAGAACUUUGAGCGAGACGAGACGGUUGACAAAGGCAGCAAGAGGUCCAUCAGUUGGUUCACCGAGUUCCUCCGAACCAACGACUACGAUGUGGCCAAAUUUUGGGGAGAUGUCUCGGAGCUGGUGGUGAAGACGUUAAUUGUGGCUGAGCCUCAUGUGCUGCAUGCCUAUCGCAUGUGUCGCCCCGGCCAGCCACCAGGGAGCGACAGUGUCUGCUUUGAGGUCCUGGGCUUCGACAUCAUCCUGGACCGCAAACUCAAACCCUGGCUACUGGAGAUCAAUCGAGCUCCGAGCUUUGGGACCGAUCAGAAGAUUGAUUACGACGUGAAGAAAGGGGUGCUGCUCAAUGCGCUCAAACUCCUGAACAUUCGGGCCAGUGAUAAGAAACGCAACCUGGCCCAGCAAAAGGCAGAGGCUCAGCGACGGCUCUAUGGACACGGCUCAAUGAAAAAACUCUCUGCUGCUUCAUCAGACUGGGAGAAACAACGUCAAACACUGGAGCGAAGGAGAGAAGAGCUGAAAGAGCGACUGGCACAGGUCCGCAAGCAAAUCUCCAGGGAGGAGCAUGAAAAGCAACAUCUGGGGAACUACAGACGUAUUUACCCCCCAGACGACAAGCUGCUGUUGGAGAAGUAUGAAAGCCUGCUCUCGGCCGCCUUUCAGACCUUCCUCGCCGGGCGAGCUGCCUCACUUCAAAAGGAAAUGAAUAAUCCUCUGAAACGAAUGAAGGAGGAGGACAUCUUGGAUCUGCUGGAGCAAUGUGAACUGGACGACGAGAAGCUGAUGGGCAAGUCCUCCAGGCAACGAGGCCCUAAGACCUUGACCGCUAUGCCAGAAUGCAGUCAGACACCAAGACGUCAACGACCCGACUACCUGGCCGACUUCACCAGCGGCAGCAGCGCCGAUAACUCGUGCUCCUCAUCGGAAGAAGAAGACGAGGACAGGAGGAAAGCAGGAGGAGGAGGAAGAGGGGGCGGAAGAGGUGGAGAGAAGAGGGAGAAGAAAGUUUCCUACGACCUUGGGGAAAGCAAGGAGAAGAACUUGGCCGAGCGCGCAGGUCGCAUUCACUGGAAACCUCCAAUCAAGUCGCUCAAAACCAGCCCCACCCCCUCCGCUUCCGGUCCAAUCAGGCGCUCCAUCUCCUGCCCUCGCUCAAUCUCUUCACUCUCAUCGCCCAGUGAGGUGCGGGCGUUGUCCAGCAGGCCAUUUCCCGCAGUUCCCAUGGCCACUCCUCUCGUCAGGCCGAGCUCCGCCACGCUGCGCUCUCACUCGCUGAGUCGCAGUGGCUCCGCCCACCGCGUGCCUCACAGCAACAGCCUGGGGACCAUCCACUCGCACAUAGGUGAUCCACUAAUAAACCUGAGGAGUAAAGAGCAGGAGGCUGAGCUGGUGCGUCAGACUCUGGCAGCCCUCACUGCCAUGAGGAUCAGGUUUCCUGGCAAAACGGAGGAGGAGGCUGAUUCUGUGCUCGAUGAGAUCCUCGACAACUGGAAAUACCAUAAAUCAAAGGUGGCCUCUUAUUGGCUAGUGAAGCUGGACUCUACCAAACAACGGAAGGUGUUGGAUAUUGUACGUACAAAUGUACGGUCAGCACUGCAGCGGAUCUGGAGGGAGCCAGACGUAGACAGUCUCCACCUGUAUCGGCUCUUCAACCGUGUCUUCAACCGGCUACUCUGGAGUCACGGCCAGGGCCUGUGGAACUGCUUCUCCAACACUGGUUCAUCGUGGGAGACCAUCUUCAGUAAGAGCAGCGAGGUGGUGUCACCCCAGGAGCUGCAGUGCUGCCGCCGGCUGGUCCAGCUGUGUCGAGACUGCCUGUUGGUCGUCUACAAGUUUGUCUCAGAAUCCCGCGGCUCUUUGACCGGACUCAGCCCCGAAUGGGAUGACACCAGCUUACCAUUUGCUGCUGGACCAGCCUCUACCCAUGGCUCCACCCCUGCUGCUGUCGCUGCCGCUUCUUCCUCCUCUUCCUCCGUCUCUUCGCCCCUCGACGCAGGUCUUUGCCCGGUUUAGUUCUGCUAAACCCCUCCCAUCUUCCAGCACCGUCCCUCUUCCCUGCUUUCCGCUGCUCCCACCACCUCACAGCUGCAACUAAGGCUUGGUCCCACCUGCCCGCUGAUGGUUGCUUGGGCUUACCCUAACAGUCUAGCAUGGUCUCUUCUCCUUUCCCUAACUAAAAUAAAAAUAAUGAUAUUUUGAUUGACUUACACAACAUGACAAUGGGAUAUGUUUCGGCCCAAAACUGUUUACGGUGUAUUGUAUUGAGAUGGGAGAAGGAAGCAUAUUAAGACUGUUCAGAGCACUGUUUGUCAACACUGCAGCCACCAGCAACCAGCUUCCUGUACAUCACCAGCCAAUCACCCUCGCUUCCACAUGCUAAACUACGCCUUACACUCAAUGCUUUUCUCAAGAGCAUCUUAGCCUGAGUGCAUUUUCAAUACGAGUGGCCUCAGUGGGAUCGGAGCGCCUCACCUGCACACCAUCAGCACCAUGAUCAACCCAAGCACCGCUCUCUUCUUGUCUCAAGAAGACAGAAAAAGUCUCUGCUUUGCAUCGUAUGGUUUGCGGUUUCACAACACAAAACAGUUCUCAUCUUUCCAUCAGGCAUGCAGGGAGCAGUCACAACCGCCUCCUCUUCAGAUAGCUGAGAAGCAAUUAGGAUUAUUCUCUCAUUGGUGCGAAAGCUUUCUAUGAGAGGGUAAACCGUUCUGUGUUUGUGUGCGCACGUCUGUCCAUCUCCACCUCAGCUAACUCCAAACUAUUUCUCUCUCUGGCCAAGUGACUUCAAAAGGACAGGUUCACACUUUUUCAGCCUGUGUUGAAUCAAUACUUGCAUGAUCAUUACAGCUGGGCAAUAACUAGAAUUAUAUCGUUAUUGUUGUAUGAAACUUCAUAUCGUCAUAGAUUUCGGGUUUUGUAUCAUGAUAUGACUCAAUUGUUGUCCUCUCCUGCUUUGAAAGGCUGCAUUAUAGUAAAGUGAUGUUGUACCUGUUAUAACACCUGCCUUUACCCAUUUUUAAUUGUGUUAAUGCUGUGAGAAUGCACCAAAUGCUAUUCCUACAAUGUUGUUGCAAGACUGAUAUUGAGGUAUUUGGUAAAAAACAAAUUGAAUAUUUGAUUUUGUCUUCCAGUCUGAGCAUUUUUAAAAUGAAAUCGUUACGUAUUUCCCUUUAUCGGGAUCCACAACAAAAGUGAAUGGGGUAUAUUCUGGGCCGAGACCCAUCCUCCAAGUUUCAUGCAAAUUGGUUUGAUUUUUGCUGACAAACCAACCAACAAAUAGACACGGGUGGAAAUGUUAGUAAUAAUAUAAUAAUCAAAACUAAUUAGGUUCAUUAAAUCAAGUCAAUAUCAUCUUUUUUCUGAACUAAACUGAAUGUUGGAUAAAAACACCAGAGACAUAGUGGGUCGAGAAUCGAUUCCAAUUAGAUGAGUUUUUUUUAAUCGUGAGAUAUUGUAAUGCACCAGCUGGUGACGGACAGGUUUCAUCUUUAACAUUCCGUUUAUCCAGUUCAAUACCUAAUUCAAACACACAAUCUGAUUGUGUGGAAGCCCAGAUUGGCAGACACCCCCAUUCUAACUACGUCAACUAUUUCACACAUGGAAAUCAGAGAUCAUAUAGGCCGGCAAAUUUGGCUCCACACUGUCUCAUGUGUAUGCACACACACAUUCAUAACACACACUCGCAGAGCUCUUGGCAGCCGUUGGCACACAUCAAAGUGGGUCUGUUAGUCAAGAUCCUCGGGGUCUCCGUUGUUGACCACACCUGCCCGCUCUUGUUCAAGCAUCCUUCCUCUGUGGAGUGCUCUGAUCAGGUGUGUCAACAGUCUCAUGGGUCUGAGAAAAGUCCUUCAGUCUGUGUGGGCAGAUGAGAGGAAGUAGCCAAAUAGCUCCACUAAUGACUUUCUUGUUAAGCCUGGAAUUACUGUCACUACCCAAAGACAAUUUCCCCAUGAUGACAAAAGUUUCAGAUUCUAUUAACUUUCAUCUGUCUGAAAAGUGUGCAGUAAUUAGGGUUAAUUGGGGUGUUGAGCCGAAUGUGGGCUGCAGAUAACCUUCAAGCCUCUUUGUACCUCUUGGUUUAGGAUUGCGUCAGCUAUCGCGGCAGUCUCCCCCCUCCAUCCUUAGUCAUGGCAUUUCGUCUUGUCUGGCCUCCUCUUAAUUCGCUGUGGCAGUUGCAUCUCGAUGGAGGACUUAAGAGUAGCAUGGAAGGCCUGUCAGUAAGAAUAGCGGCGGAUUGUAGCUUUGCAUGUGAGGAGCAGAGCAGGAGAGUAUCUUUCUGUCUCCCCGUCAACUGAUGGAUUGAAGCAAAGCACAAGUGCAUGAACGAGCCUCCCUCUGGCUUUCAAGCAUGCACGCUUUUGCCAAGACCUUCUUCAUGAUCAAAAGGAGGACGAACCUGGAAGAUGCCGAAUGAGGGUCCAAUUAAAUAUAGCCUGCAGAGACAGCGGCCGCUUGGACGUGAAACCCCCCCCACC